GGUAGCUCGCGGCCGUACCUUGCAUUCCCUGCAAGUGCGACGCUAGACCGAUGUAGCUCACCUCCGCGUUGGUCUCCGCAAUCACUUGUCAACUAAAGUCAGGACUGACUUCCUCAACGCAAAGAUGUCAAACUUGGGGGUCAACCUGGCUGUUACUAAAGACGGUGAGACCUACAACAAACUACAGCGCCCUGACGGUUACCUUAUAUCGACACAGCCACCUCCUACAAGCCCUCCGGCAGCUUCUCCAACGACAUACAGCGGCAAAAGGAAAUGCGCGCAAGAGGAAGUACCUGAAGUUAAGCGCGCCAGGAUCGAGCGCAACACAGCGCACUCCAAAAGACGACCACGCGUUCUGGACUCAUACCAAGAGUAUGGAACACGGACGGUGCUACCCGGGCUCGAUGGCGAAGAGCAGUUGUCCGACGAGUCUACGAGCGAAGCAUUAGCAUACCUUCACAGUGUCCGGUCCGAAGCAUCAGCGAUUCCCACGUUGCUCGUGGCGCCGAACAAUUUCAACGCCGGUGAUGUUGAUUCAGAUGAUGACGAACCGCACUACACAACUCCUGCGCACAAGCAACGCGUCAUAUAUAAAGAGGGAACUUGGAUUGCUGUGGAUAGAGAACACGAUGCUGCUAAGUGGGAGGAAGACCCGUCCGUUGUUGAUCCUCAACAAGGUUGCAACAACAUGCUUCUUCAGCGCUUUCAGAAUCUCCGCAUCAAGCUCGCUGAGAUCCGGAAGCAUAGACAGGUAUCAAAACCAGCAAAGAAGUCUACAAACACAUUAAAGGUUGGAAAGUACCAAUGGUCGGAAAUCAUAGAGAGCAAUUUCCCAAACUUCGAAGAGGUCGCCGACAUGGAUGAAUCGACGCUGUAUAUUGCUCUCCAAGGAUGCACGUUAGCCUUGGGACGAUCAGUCGAGGUAUCUCGUCAACAGAGCUGUUGGAUAUGGACUUUGUUAGCCCUGGUCGGAGAUUUCGGAACUUUGGACCAUGAACGCGUCAGCAGGAUCCGGGAUUUGGGACUCGGUGCUGGUCGACUAACGCGGCGACUCUGCACGGAUCAAGCGAAAUCGACGCGCAAUGUACCAGAAGACAGAGAUACCAGAUCAGACGUUCCCGAUUUCAAUACCCGCAACGAAGAGGUUUCCACGAAAGAAGAGGGAUAUAAUCCAAGCUGUGUUUCUGACGAGAAAGAUGUUGUAUCGCACUCUGCUCUUCCGAAGUCUGACGACGUCGUGCUGGCCCAAGACACAGUAACUGAAGAGGCGGAUGAUUCUGGCGCAGAAAUGAUCAUAUCCGAAGACGAACAACAAACCGAGGGUGUAUUGGAUGACGGAGGUCUUGAAAAAGCUCGGGCACGUCUUCUUGCACAACUCGGCGAUCGCUUGGUACACUCCCAGAUGCCCGUACCUGAUACGCCGCCAACACAAACCUUCCACCAUCUCUCGCGAGCCGAGGCUGAGAGACAGCGGCAAGAGAUACGCAGAGGAGUGAAUUUAUGCGAUAUGACUCCUGGAAAAUCGACACCCGCUUCCGGACCGCCAAAGACAAGAUCACAGGCCAUGACUCCAUUGACCGAGAGUGACUGGAACACCAAGGUAGCCAUCGACAUGAUUCUGACGGUAGUAGCAGAGUGCUACGGACAGAAGGACCUGCUAGAAUUCCGAGCAGCAUGGUAGCUGCAAGCACAGCCAUCAUUAGAUACCCAUGCAUCAAACUAAUUAUUGUAAUUCUAUGACUAUACUUUUGCUAUGGCUGUGACGUCGGUACGUAUAUGCACGGGCCAAG